GCCACCAAUCACCACCAAAGAGCUUUCGUUGGCAAAACAAAGAGAAGAAAGAAAGAAAGAAAGUUUUCAAACACAAAAAAAAAAUAGAAGAGAGAGAGAGAGAAAAAAAAAUCAACACUUACAACACUCAUUUCAAUUUCUUUCUCUCUCUUCUUCGAUCCCAAAUCUACCAAAAGGAAAGUUGAAAAAAGAUGGACCAUGAACAGACUGGAUGUGAAGCAGCCCCAGAAGGUCCUAUGUUGUGCAUCAACAACUGUGGAUUUUUUGGAAGUGCAGCUACCAAGAACAUGUGCUCUAAGUGCCACAAAGACAUGAUGCUGAAACAGGAGCAGGCCACUCUUGCAGCUUCUUCCAUCGAGAACAUUAUGAACGGGUCAUCAAGCAGCAGUGGAAUUGAACCUGCUAUUGCUGCCAAUGUGGAGAUAUCAGUUGAUUCAGUGGAGCCCAAAACCAUCUCUGCCCAACCGUUAGUUGCUUCCGGUUCAGAGGAGAGUGCGGAGAAGAAGCCCAAGGAUGGUCCUAAACGGUGUACCAACUGUAAUAAGCGGGUUGGUUUGACAGGAUUUAAUUGUCGGUGUGGUAACCUUUUCUGUGCUGUACAUCGAUACUCAGACAAACAUGAUUGUCCAUUUGAUUAUCGCACUGCUGGAAAGGAUGCAAUAGCAAAAGCAAACCCGGUUGUCAAGGCUGAGAAGCUUGACAAGAUCUAGAUUUGGUGUCGUAAAGUUUCAUGUCUCCUGUUAUGCUCAAUAUCAUCAUGAGAUGAUCCGAGUUUCCUGCAUAUUUUAAUGGUGUUCUUAUUAUAAUUUUAUAUGUGAUGGGGGACUUGGAGUAUUAUCUCUGCAGUUUGAGAGAUUGCAUUUCAUUUGAUUGGCGAAAAUAUAUGCCCGUGUUUUUAAGUCUUUAAAUCUCUGCUAGUUUGGUGGAAGUUGGUGGUGUUAGCAUUAUAUUUUCUGUUCCUUAUCUAUCUCUGUAAUAGUACAUGUCAAAAUGGUAUGUGCAAUUGACAGUUGAUUACAGAAGGAUCCAUAGACAUGAGUAGAUUGUAUAUUAUUAUGGUUUUUAUGGCUAUUAUUGAAUUUCUCUA